AUGGCGGUCCGGCUUGAUGUCAACGUCUUUGAUGGCAAGGAGGAAAAGGCCAAGAAGACCAACUGCGUCCCCCUUAAAGACUUCAACGUCUCCAACAAGACGCUCUCAGAUAUACGAAAAGCACUGAUCGACAAUGGUGGUCUCGACGCUAGCAGAGCGGGAUCUGCAUUCUGUAGUGCGACUGGCGCCCAGGUCAAUGAUUCCACAUCAUUUGCAGAUUACAUGGAGAUUCUCUCCGAGAAUGUUGGGGAGGAAAAGGAGAAACCCGAGAAAGCGGCCAAUGUUACGGUCCAUGAUGUUUACAUAAAGACGAAAGACAAAAAAAGAACCGAUCGGAAGACAGAGGCAAAGGAGCUCAUCAAGCAGGAGCUGAACUUGAAGCUGAGUGACAAGCCCGAACUACUUCAGGCAUCGUUGGAACAACUAGCGAGCUCCUUCAAUCGCGCAGACUGGGUGGCCGAAGGCAAUGAGACGUCUGUAAAUCCGGCCGACAUGUCUGAGAAGGAGUGGAACGCUGUCAUCCGCAAUAACAACCUUUUGAGUGCUCACCGGCUGGUCUUUUCGAACCUGGGGCGACUAACCGAUGGAUCGAAGAAGGUCAAGUUUCGCAGAAUUGAGCGAGCUCCCUAUAGUGCCUUCGUUUUAAAGCCCAGGAAAUUCGCGUCGCAUGAGAUCCCUGAUGCAGAUGUCAAGGUCGAGCAAGUAUUCCACAUCCCCCGAUUUACUGUCGGAGACGAUUCCUAUGUGGAUGCGUUCGAAACCAAAUCCUCCACAGCAUCAGCUAUGGCGCGCAGUUCAUUCUCCUCAAUAGAGGCUGAAGCCUCCGUGGAAGGCGGAGCAUUUGGUUUCAGUGCUGCCAUCAGUGCUGGCUUCUCACAGAGUGAGAACAAUGCUCUGAGCACGCAAAAUACUGCUGACAGCAGUACCAUGAACAUCACUUACAACUUUCCUCGCGUUGUUCUGUAUUUGGAUCAGUUUGGCGUCGACCUGUCGCAAGAAUGUGCGAGUGACCUAGUGGGUGUGAAGGAUGCGUCUUCUCUAAUCGCUUUCCAUCAUAAAUACGGCCACUUCUUUGCCACCCGGAUUGAGCUUGGAGGCAGGCUCUUUUCAUCUGAAAAGUUCUCCGCCCUUGGUACAAAGACCGAGGAUGAGGCCGCCACGGCCAUGAAAAUUGCCGCUGCCGCAUCCUUCUCUUCCAGUUUUGUGUCUGGAAGUGUCAGCUAUGGCCAGGAGAAACAGACAAAUGCACAGAAUUCCAGCUCCAAUCGAGCCAUGCAAAGCUCUAUUUCAUGGCAGGCCCAAGGCGGAGACACGUUACUUUGCAACAACCCUUCUGCAUGGUGCCCGACCGUUGCUCCGUUUCAUAAUUGGAGAGUAAUUAAGCAAGAAGAUGUCACCCCGCUCGGCGACUUCAUUGGCCAGAUCCCCGGCUUUGAGGAUAUCCCAGAGAAGUUUAAGAGCAUAGCGGAGGUUACAAGGAAAAAAGAAGUUGUUAGCUUCCGCAUCAGCCUCCAAGACUACCAGAGAAACGAGAAGAACAAGCCUGAGUAUCUAUCACUGCAUCAUGCUUGGAAAAUCAAGGGCGAGGUGGAAGAAGCAUUGAGCAAGGUCCCGGACACCAUCCUGGAUAUCUCCAACAACGGAUACCCGGGACUUUCUAUGGAGACGAACAGCUCGGAAAAUGUCUUUGAUAUCGAAGUUGAAACGCUGCUGAACCAAGCCCCCACAAUCGAAUUCAAGAAACGGUACCACAUCUACAAUCGUAAAAGAGGCCUGUGGCUUCGAGCUUUCACAAUCCCUUUCAAAGGCAAGGAGAUCACUCUACUCGCUGCCGGUCCCAAGAACCAGGCGACACUCUUUGAGUUCCGGGAUAAAAGCCGAGAGGGCCCGAUGCGAAAUGCCGACGACUGUAGCCUGGUGGUCUACGGGCCUGACGGGAGGCAGAAGGGUUCCAUCGCCUAUGCAUUGGAAACCCACGGCACUUCCAUUGGCGCCAUGCCUUACAGUGUCGAUAACGAGCGUUGGUUGCGUUUCACGAAUUUGUCCAUUGUGGACCAGCGGGAUGUGCCCACAUAG